AUGCGGUGCAUUGGUACCAUUUUGUACCAUGCCUAUUUCGUGCUAGCAGUAGGAUUGUGCUCUACAUUCGCCUACGGCGUGCAAUGGAAGGUCCUUAACGCCGGUGAUCCAGAAGACAAUAAUGUAACGAGAGCAGCGAGCGCCUUUUCAGCCACCACUUUAUACACCUUCGGAGGUGAAUGGGAGGGAACAUAUAGCAGAGACUUGCGGCAGUUCGAUUUUCUCAAGAAGGAAUGGACUAAUGUGGAAGUUAGUGGAACGGCUCCUGCGCGGAGGGCCGGCGCAACUCUGACCAAGCUAGCAUCUGCGCUGUACCUGAUCGGUGGCCACAACGAGAAUGGCACAAUGGGUAGCAUACACAAAUAUGAUAUCAUCACUAACAAGUGGCAUAACGUGCGCAUAUCAGGGGAUGUCAACUUUAUCCCGAGGAGUGGCCACGCGGCAUGCACGGAUGGCCAAAAUCGCAUUUUCGUCUUCGGGGGAUACAGUGAUGAAGGACUCUUUCUCAACGAUUUGUACGAGAUACAUUUGAGCUCCAAGUCGAACCCUGAAUCUAACGCCCAACAAAUCGACGCCACAUUCAAGCUGCUAAGCACAGAUCUCAAUGCGGGUGCUCUCAAUCCGUCCCCCAAGGAACACGCAUCAAUGGAGAUUGUUGAUGGAGUGCUCUACCUCUUCGGGGGGUAUAGCUAUGGAGGCAGCAGCAGCGACGGAAUGUAA